GUGUUGGACGGAAAGGCGCAGUGUAAUAUAAGCAGUGUGAUACAGUGAUAUAGCCGUAAAGCGUGUGCCGUAGCCGCAACCGUCGUCACUGGCAAUCGACGUCGCUUAUCAGCUUUGCCAAAGAGUAAUUUGUGAUACCUGUCCGUUUUGUAUUGGCUUGUAGAGCGCAGCGCGACGAGCUUAAGUGGUGUUAAUUUUUUAUUAAUUAUUAUCGUGUUUAUUGCCAGCAACGAAAGUGAAGUGCGAAUUACUUCAAGUGCUCUGUCCAUUAACCAUUCCAGUAACAAUAAAUUACAAAAGUUAAGAACAGCAGCUGCCUUUUUUGUUGUCCAGUUUGCAAAUGCAACCUCAGAUAAUGUAGUGUUCUUUAAGAUAGUUGGACUUGGACUAGUCUGAUCUGAUUGCGGAUAAAAAGUUUCAAAAGUGAAUUCUAGCCAUCAAAAAUGUUGAAGACUUGAAACGAUAACGAACACAAUGAAUUCAAAAUAUGAUUCGGGCAUGGGACACAAUCGCGCACAUCUCUUCGGCUCCCAUGUGGAGCACUUUCAAACGACUCUCAAUGAAAAGAACUGGGAAUGGUCUUAUCUAGUGCGAAAAUGCCGUAAUCUGGAGCUGGAGGAGUCAUAUGAUCUAUAUAUGCGCCGAUUGCGCAUUGGAUACCUAUCGAUCUUCAUCUUCAUUGAGCUACUGGUGACCUUCACGCAUGCCUUGCUGCUGCUGACCUCAUCGGAUCUUACAUAUAGCUACAUAGACAUGGGCAGCUAUGUAAUCACCGGCUUACUCAUUUGGCUAAUACUCUCGGUGAACUUUCACAGUGAGCUGAUUAGCAAACAUGGCUAUCUCAUCUAUGCCUCCUCCUGGAUGGCCGUAUCCAUCAUGGUGUUAAUGGAUAUUGGCCUGAAUAUCUAUCACGCUACUACCAACAAUGAUAUCUUAAAUCCCAUCUAUGACGCCUAUACCUUGUAUGCCAUCUAUAUGUUUAUGCCCAUUCCCUAUAUCCUGCAACCUUUUAUACUGGGCACAGCGGUUACCAUCUGCUAUAUUAUCAACUACAGUUUUGUGAUCACUUCCAAGGAGGAAAACCGAAUGCAUAGCAUAUUAAAUGAAGCCAUUUAUUUGAGCUCCGUCAAUUGUUUGGGCAUCUUUUUCCGCCUGAUGCGAGAUAUUGCGCUGCGCACCACAUUCCUAGAUCGGCGCCAGUACGUGGAGGAGAACCUAUUGCUGCGCUAUGCACGAGAUCAGGAGCGCACUCUACUGCUGAGCAUACUGCCCGCUCAGAUUGCCGAUCGAUUGCAGGAGGAUGUCCGGAAUCGCAUCGAGCGUUCCAAGCAACAGCAUAAGCAACGAGCCGACUUCGAUCAGUGCGUCAGCAACAACAGUCAGGCAUUGAAGCGUUGGCGCCAACCUGAUCGUGGCACACUCUUUAUUGAGCCGCACAAGGACGUGACCGUACUGUAUGCGGAUGUGGUGAAUUAUACAUAUCUGACCACAACGCUGGACGUGAAAAAGCUGGUGGAGGCACUGCAUGAUCUCUUCGUGCGCUUCGACAUCGCCAGCGAGGAGUACAAUGUGAUGCGCAUCAAGUUCUUGGGUGACUGCUACUAUUGCGUGGCUGGACUGGCCAGUCCCAAUGAGGAUCAUGCCAAGUGCUGUGUCGAUCUGGGACUGCGCAUGAUCAAGGACAUACGCGACGUUAGGGAGAAGCGACAUUUGAAUAUUGACAUGCGUAUCGGAGUGCACUCCGGAGAUGUGCUAUCCGGCGUGAUAGGUGCUGCCAAAUGGCAGUUUGAUAUUUGGUCCAAGGAUGUGGACAUUGCCAAUCGACUGGAGGCAACUGGCGCUACGGGGCGUGUCCAUGUCAGUCAGCAAACAUUGCGUCUGCUCGAUGGCGAGUAUUUCUUUGAGGAUGGCACGGAGAAGGCACGCGAGGAUCCAGUGCUGCAGAAGCACGACAUACGCUCCUUUCUCAUCAAGUCGUUGCGCGCCCCCAUGCAUGAUCCGCGUCGAGUGCAACGCGAGCGGCAGGCCAAGAAGCUGAGCGAGGCCAGCAAGUCCAACUUCAUGUACAACUCCACGCUGCAGCAAUACAAUCAAGUGCGCAACCAGGCCAAGCUGGAAAUGUGCCGGGAGCUGGAUAAAAUGCCAAUCGGUCGUAUAAAGAUCACUAAAGUGUGUCGUCGCUCCACAAACCUAACCCAGGAUGAACUCGAGGAGGAAACCUUUCGACGCAACAUCAGCUCCUUUUGUUUGCUGUUUCGCAUCCGCAACUGGGAGCUGCAAUAUUUACGGGAACCGGAUGUGAUGUUCAAGUAUAGCAUAGCCCUUGCCUGGUUUGUCUACAUGUGCAUGCUGACAAUUCAGCUGCUUGGCAAGGAUCCGCGGUAUCACUACUGGGUUAUCGAUGGCAUUACGAUCUUCUUGCUAAGCACUCUGCUGCUCGUCUCCUGGUAUAAAAAGCUGUGGAUUAUGUAUGUCGCCGAUGCGGAACAGUCGCUGCCUAAGUUCAAAAUUAGCCGAUUUCUCUAUAGAUCGUCUGACUUUAUGCAACGCAAUAUUAUCAUACGCCUAGUUGUCUAUUUUUUGGUUGUUAUCUCGUAUUGUGUUGUGGCGGCUAUGCAGGUGUUAGACUGCGGAGACAGUUCGGACGAUGAUGAAUUAAUGCCGAUGGAGACCUAUGAGGAUCGCGUGCUAUGCUUUCAUCCCUGGAUCCUGACCAACUGCAUGACUCUGGUGAUUGGCACAUCCUUUCUGUUCACGCGUGUUCCCUUCAUCAUCAAGACCACAGUGGCAGUGUCCAUCACUGUGACUUAUGCAGUGCUGGUAGUAUUUGAAUUUGACUAUAUCUUUGCCACGAGUCCAUCGACGAAUGUGAAUUUCAAUGCGGAAUAUUCACACAUAUUGCUCAUCUUUAUCACGUUGGGCAUAUUUCAUUUGAUGGAGCGCCAGACGGAGUUUAUAGCCAAGGUGGAUUACAACUGGAAGCGGCAACUGAUGCAGAAACAGGAUGAUGCCCUCAUCACCAAUGACACCAUUAAAGUGCUACUCGUCAAUAUUUUGCCCUCACACGUUGCGGACUUUUAUUUAUCCACGCAGCUGCAGAAUGAGCUCUACUACGAGGAGUAUGAUAAUGUGGCCGUUAUGUUUGCCUCGAUCAAAAACUUUGAUACCGAUAAAAUAGGAUUGCGUGUUCUCAAUGAGAUCAUCUGUGAUUUUGAUGAUGUGCUCAAUAAAUAUUCGACCAGCAUGCGCGUGGAGAAGAUCAAGGUGGCCAACUGGACAUAUAUGGCUGCCUGUGGUCUCGAUGUCACCCGAUCCGAGCAGGUGAAUGCGCCGCAAGUGAAGUUUCGCAACGUUUCGCUAAUGCCAAAUGGACGACGGAGUCAGUAUCGCAACUCCGGCUCUGAGCAGAUGCAGCGUGUGCCAUACGGCAAUGGCAGCACCAUCGCUCUGGAUCUGGAGCGUGGCCAGUAUGAGGGCAAUAUGGUUAGCGGGACGCCGCGAAUGAGCUGCUCGGAGAACACCAGUGACAAGAGCAACGAUGAGGUUGUCAAAAUAAUGGCAAAUUUUGCCUUGGAUCUGAUGCGUGCGAUGCGACGAUUUAAUGCCGAGAAUAUGCAAUCGGAAUACGAGGGCAGCACCGAUUAUGGCAUGCUCCGAAUUGGCAUCUCACAUGGCAGGGCUAUGGCCGGUGUGGUUGGCAUAUCGAAGCCACACUAUGAUAUCUGGGGUAAUCCAGUAAAUAUGGCAUCGCGCAUGGACUCAACGGGUAUGCCGGGCAAAAUACAGGUGACAGAGAAUACGGCACUGAAAUUGCGCAAAUUUAAUAUACAAUGCAACUAUCGGGGCAAGACAUUUGUCAAGGGGCGUGGCAAUAUACCUACCUAUAUACUUGGCACCGAUGACGAAUACGAAGGAUUCCUGCCACACCAGCCUGACUCCAUAACCUAGUAGAAAUAAUCGAUCAUUUAAGUCUAUUACGAAGUUUAUAUGUUCAUAUCUUGUAAAUAUUAAAGAAAAAACGCCAAGCUAACAAACUAUUGA